AUGUCCCUACAAAACAUUCGCAACUUCUCCUCUAGUGCUGGUCGAAAACUCCUCAAACUCGUUGGCAAAGUUACUUUGGAGGAUGUUCGAUCUGUCAAUGGGCCCAAAGUCAUGUCUGCUAACCAUCAACAGUAUAACACUGCAGCUGGAUACGAGAUUCAGGGAGAAAUGGCUCAUAAGUCCUCCAAAGACCCUUCGGACCCCGACGACGUCCUUACGAUCGCAUUCUACAGCCAAAAUGGCACUCGGCUUCUAAGCGGUCAUGUUCAUGAGAAUGGGACGUACAAGCUCGCCGAGAGCCGUGCAGGAAAAGGCAAGGGGCCUAAGUAG